AUGUCAUCGAUUCUGUCAUUUGUUGGAUGGGCGGUCCUUCCCAACGGUGUUGUUAGUGCCAAACAGCUGACGCCGUGGCUGUUGCAGUAUGUGACAUCUUUCGUCCAGAGCGUUUACUAUGGAAUUACCAUUCGCGCGGGGGAUCCGCGCCCUCAGCCUCCCUCCCCGCGUUACGCCCGGCAUCGUCGCCGUAUCUUUGUCAUGGUUGUGACGGGCUAUCUCCUCUACACGCUCUAUGAGGCCUUCCAUCGAAUUCAAGUUGCAGGCGACUUCUACAAGGCCCUCGGUGUCUCUCCAGUGGCUGAUGAAAGAGUCAUCAAGUCUCGAUUCCGGCGGCUCGCGGCGCAGCAUCAUCCGGACAAACUCACCCAUGGGGAUGGUGUUCAUUCCGACAAUUAUUUUGUAUAUUUGAAGUUGGCGCAGGACACGUUGCUGGACCCUGCGAAGCGAUUUGCGUACGAUCGGUUUGGACCGGAUAUCCUUGGCUGGGGUGAUCGGAAAACUAUGCAAGACUUUCUGUUUGCGGGCUUGCAACGGUCCCUGCCCACGUAUGUGGGAGGAUUUUUGACAAUUAUGUUCUUGAAUUUCACUUGGUGGUCCAGUUGGGGUCGCUAUUGGCGCUUUUUUACAUUUGCAGCCCUCAUAGUGCUUGAACUGGCAUUGAUCACCCACCCAGGGGCAUUAUUGAUUCCUGCAUCCUAUAUCCCUCCUGGUCUGCGAGAUCUGCUGGGAGUCUCCGCUGAGAACCCGGGUUUCUACCUCUUGCCAUUUCAGAUCUUGACGCUUGCGCAGCGUGCGUCGGUCACGUUGCAUAUAUUCAUCUCGCAGGUGACGCCGCCCACAGUGAGCCAAAAGCCCUCCUCAGCGCCCGGCGAGCGUCUGUCUCCACAGACGAUGCAACAUCUGGCGCGGUUACACCAACUUGCUCGGGCGACGGACGGCGAAGCGACCCGGCUCCUGCAGUUGGGAUUUGCGCCAUUCCAAGGGGAUCGAGAGGGUGUCGCUACGCUACGCAAGGGGAUGACGGAGGGGUUGGUGUUGAGCAGUGUGCGGGCCAGUCCUGGGGUGCAACAGGCCGUAGGCGAGGUAGUUGCGCGAAAGACACAGGAGAAGAAAGCCGAUUAG